UACUGAAAUUACUGUGUAAAGAUUUAUAACCAAAGUGGAGUUAAUAUUAAAUUCAAGCAAACAGUUUUAACUGCCCCUUUUCCAAGUACUGCUUUACCAGUUAACAAUUUCUUUAGUUACACGCCAUAUCUGUACGGGGCAACAAGAACUACAGCGUCUUCAUCUUGGGCUUACUGACUUGACCAUGGCAGAACCUGAAACCCUGAAAAUCAAGCGGGAAAUUGGGCUGAUUGGCGGUGUUGCUCUUAUUUCAGGCACUAUGAUUGGAUCCGGUAUAUUCAUGUCACCACAGUUUGUACUGGCCUACGUGGGGAGUCCUGGAGCAAGUCUGGUGAUCUGGGCUCUCUCAGGAUUAGUUGCUAUGUUAGCAGCUCUGUCCUAUGCCGAACUUGGGACAAUCAUAACUGAAUCUGGUGGGGAGUUCAUCUACAUACUAAGGAUCUAUGGUUCAUGUCCUGCUUUCUUUGCAGCAGUCACUUUUAUCAUGAUUGUGAAGCCAUUUGGCAUAGCUGCAAUGGGUAUUAGCAUUGCAGAGUAUGUUCUGGCAGUGUUUUACACUGACUGCUAUCCUCCUCAGGUGGCAGUGAAGUGUGCUGCAGCUGUGACUAUACUGGUUGAUGCCAUAGUCAACAUCUUGAAUGUGCGCUUUGCCAUCAGAGUCCAAGUGAUCUUCUUGGUGGCCAAGGUGCUAACAUUGACAUUUAUCAUAAUUGGAAGUAUAGUGGAGGUCAUUCAGAACAGCAGUGUCAUUGUGGAGAAUUUGAAAGUUGAGAAUUCAUUCAAAGACACUCAGUACUCUGUGAGCACUCUAGGAAUGGCCUUUUAUCAAGGACUGUGGUCUUAUGCUGGCUGGUACAACCUGAACUAUGUCACAGAGGAGUUAAGAAGACCAGAGGUAAAUCUUCCUAGGGCUGUUAUCAUAGCCAUUUCUCUGGUGACUGGCUUAUAUCUGCUGGUGAAUGUGAGCUACUUGACGGUGAUGACACCAAGAGAGCUCAUGUCCUCCAGCGCAGUAGCAGUAACCUGGGGGAAUAAGGUGUUAGGAGGCUGGGGUUGGAUCAUGUCUGUGGCUGCAGCAUUGUCUGCUUUUGGUUCAUUGAACGGGGGGUUCUUCAGCGGUAGUCGUGUGUGCUUUGUUGCUGCCAGGGAAGGACACAUGCCAGAUAUUUUGGCCAUGGCUCAUGUCCACAGACUGACUCCAUCACCAGCCCUGAUUUUCACUACUAUUAUCUCACUGGUGGUGCUGAUCCCUGGAGACUUCCACAGUAUCGUCAACUACUUCAGUUUCACUGCCUGGUUUUUAUAUGCCAUCACCCUGUCUGGACUUGUCUAUCUCAAGAUUAAGAGGCCGGAGCUCCCCAGGCCAUACUCAGUCCCCAUUAUAAUCCCCAUAGUCGCCCUCAUUGUGGCAGUAGCCCUUGUGCUGGCACCCAUCAUAGACAAUCCUCAAAUUGAAUACUUCUAUGUGGCUAUAUUUAUCCUAAGUGGAGCCAUAAUCUACGUACCCUUCAUCCAUUAUAAACUCUUCCCAGGAGUGUUAACCAAGUUAACAGUGUUUCUGCAGCUGUUCCUCGAGGUUGCACCGGCAGAGAAAAACCUGUGAUUUUGUCAGAAAAAAAGGUGUUUUCCAGUUUUAUUGUUUGUGCUUUUUAAACGUCGCCUGUUUUUGCUGUAACAUUAAUAUGGCAUUUGUUAGAAACUCAUUACCUGCCAUUUAUCUUUACUUCUCAAAGAUUAAAUGUUGAUUUGUGUGUGUAGGUAACCACAUUCUGUUUGUAAAAGGUGCUAC